AUGACUGUAGCGCAAUCCAUGUCAACCCCUGAAGAAAUCGCUGAAGGCCGUCUCGAAUGUAAUUGCCAAUAUCCGAUGGUGUUGGUUGCUAUACUUAUCAUCACGAUCAUUAUCCUUUUUUGCUGUGUUUGCUUCUGUUGCAUUGAUGCAACCAGUCAUUCUCCAUUCAAAAAGCAAACUGCAAAGAUUCGCACAAACUGUGCUCCAAUCCUGAACACCACAAAAUUCAUCGACCGUAGGUUCUCAGAGGACGGUGGAACACCAGCGUAUACGGUGCUGAACAGUAGCCUAAGCACAGACAGCUGCACAUGCUCGAUGCCUCUUACACGAUCAUUUCACUCUGAUGCUUCUUUGGUCUCUACGGUGUGA